UAUGUAUGUAUUUACGCGUAACAUUUCCUCGUUACGUCUGAAUCAUACACGGAAAAGCUCUCGUCGCUAAUCAAUUAAUUGCAUUGACAAUACCCGCCGGUGGUCCAUUACGAGAUAAUGGUAAUCACAGUUACGAAUUCAAUUAUGCUUGCACAUGGCAAUAUGUGGCUACGUACGCAUCUGUAUAAAUACAUAUACACAGGGAUAAAUGUGCACAUACCUGUUCACCUAGUACGUUCCAAUUAGUGAUGUAUCGAACUCCAUACGGAUCGCUCGUGGUUAGGAUUAUUAAUGUACGUAUAAAAUCACAUGUAGAUCGAUAAAGAUACUCGCGGGGAGAUGAAUGCAGGCGGAGGGAAGAGGACGAGGAGAACGAGAUGAUGCGGAAGAGAGAGAGAGAGAGAGAGAGAUGAGAAGAUAUAGGGAUAAAACGCUGUAGGGGAGAAUAUCGUUAGGAUAUCUGUGUAACAAACCGAAUGGCAAGUCUAGUCGUCGUAUGCCUAGCACGUUCAACCUCGUGCGUGGGCUCCGGUCUGACAGAAUGGCACGCACGGUCGUAGGGAAUCCGCGCGCGCCUAGCAUUUGGGACUCCGGUGAACCCGAUCCAAUCAAUGUCCAAUCGAAUGACAAUGCUGGUUAGUUGCGUUAAUAAGCGCCGACUUGAAUUUACAUAUUUUAAGCGUGUCGAGGUCGCUUCUCUUCAACGAAUACACGUAAGAUAAUAUUGUUGCACAGCGACAUUAACGACCAAAUGCAUUUUCCGACUCGGAUGCAUACUACCAGUCAUAUAUAAUGGAUAAUCAAUUACGUGAUUUUAUGUGAAAGAAUCGGGCCGUAUGAGCAAUGACCGGCGCAGCGAAUUGCAUAAUUAAUUCGUGUUUCGCUACUAGAUUCUCACCAGGAUUCGUGAGUUGUAAAGCGUUCGUUUUUUUUUCGUUUUUUUUUUUCAUUAUAUAUGAAGCUCAUAAGACCUUUACGAGGCUGAGCUAAGUUUAAAAUAUGAAAGGAACGUUAAGCUGAUGAAUAAAUGUUUCAUCGCAGCUUUUUUUCCUCAGUCUUUCUUGAAAGUGCAGCGAAUUGUUGGUAUAAGUAAUAUUGAUGCGAUAGGUAUAGCGACGGUGCACGAUAGAACUCCGUACAACGAAGAAUCUGAAUUACGGGCGUGUAAACUGACCUGUCACGACGUAACGUAGCUUCAGUUAUUUGAAGAUGAACCGAGUUUCGAAUCCCCAAUGAAUUGUUCGCGAAGGCGGUGAUUGUUUCGCGAUUGAAAACUACCGUAGAAACUUGACGAAAAAUAAUUCAUCGGAUGAAUUUCGAAAAUAUCGUACGUGCGAUAAUAUUUUUGGGCAUCCAUUGCGUUUCGCCACAACAAUAAAAUAUCGUAUGUCAUUCGAUGAUAUUGCCACAUAUUUCGAGGUAUUGCCAUACCAUACCGUCUUCAAUUCUAGGGGGCCAAUGUCACUUGAUUUAAUAAGCAUGAAGUUUAGGUCACCUGAGAAAUCAUUGGCAUUCGGAUGGCGCGAUCAAACGCUGCCGUGGGAGUAUAAAAACCUCCGGGGAUCUGAGGGAGGCAUCAGUUAACUCAAACUUCGAGUACUCGUAUCUAAACAGACAGUACAAUCUGCUGCCAAGUCAACAUGAAGGCCUUCGCAUGCAUCGCUACCGUCGCCAUCCUCGCAACAUUGGCGAAUGCGGAACCUCCCCAGUACCGUCGCCAACGUCAGUUUUUCGCACGUCAACAGGAGGAAACGACGCCCGCACCCGCCGACGCACCUUAUCCUCCGUCAGGAUGGAAACCAGCGGGUCCUGCAUUCGAUCUCCCUCAACGUCAAGUGAGCGAUUCGUACGGCGCACCAGCUAACCCACCAAACGCGUACGGGCCACCAAAUGAGUACGGGCCACCAGCUACAACGGAAACACCCACGACGACCACCUUCGCCAACGAGCCGACGACAACUCCUGCGCCGGCCAUCGACUCUGGAAACGAACUUGACGAGGUGGAGGGCAGCGGACAAGGUGAUCAACAACAAGGAGAGUAUUACAUCGCAUUACCUGAUGGUCGCCUUCAGCGUGUGCAAUACGUCAGUCGCGAGGAUGCUGUCGCUAUGCGUUACUUGGCCAAGAUUCAAGCGCAAAACGUCGGACCUAUUUACGCCUACAAUCCUCUUCAGAAGCUUGAGAUUUCACCUGUGAAAGUCGAAGCCCCGGUAGCCCUGGUUGCUUCUCCCCUGAGCAGCACGUCCUACACGACGUUUACUACAAGCUACCAACCCACCCGCGCUGCCAAAUUGGUUUUCGCCGUUUAGAAGAAAAUUAAUACAAAUAGACUCCAACUAAUAGUGAUUUACUAUUGGAUGAGAUGUGUAUCUAAUUGUACAGAUGUAAUUUAGUUAUUUAAUGCGAUUUCGAAUCAAAUAGAAACGAUAACAUCGAA